AGCAAAGGGCAAAAGCAAUAAUAGCAUCUCCACUUUACAAGAACCAUUUUGCUUCUCUUUUGCUUGUGCUUCUCGCUUUUGCCCGUAUGCCUUGCCUAAUAUAUAUCAUUAUUCCUUGCAAACCUUUUCAUCUCUUGUAAAAAAAAAAAAACAAACUAGCUCCUUCCGCUCUGACAUCAUGAAAGUUUUUUCACUAGGUCUCCUAACAUAUAGUUCUUUCCUUUAACAACAUGGCACUCAUCAGCUGAAUUGAUAAAGAAAUGCAUUCAGGCACAUCUCAGCCCUGGCCUUCUCUGAAGUCUUUGUCCAAAAAAGUAGGAAGCAUGCUUUGCCGUGGUAGUUCAACAAGCAAGUAUAAGAGGUUGGAUGCAAAGCUUGAAAAGAAAAUGGUUGAGGCAAAGAGAGGAUCAUCAGGAUAUCAAAAUUUCAAGUCAAUUAACAGUAUAAUUUUGAAAUUCCCUCAGUUCAGAGAGGGAUUGAAAAACAUAGGAUCUGUAUUUGAGCAGUAUGAUGAGGACUCUAAUGGAACUAUUGACCGAGAGGAACUAAAGAAAUGCUUACAGAAAUUGCAACUCCAUCUGACAGAGGAGGAGGUUGAGGAUCUUUUCCAUUCAUGUGACAUUGAUGGCAGUGAAGGGAUACAAUUCAAUGAGUUUAUUGUCCUUCUCUGUCUUAUCUAUCUCCUGAAGGAGCCUUCUUCCAAUCAUACUACUUCAAGGUUGGGUUCACCACAGCUUGAAGCGACUUUUGAUACCAUAAUUGAAGUAUUCAUGUUUCUCGAUAAAAAUGGUAAUGGAAAGCUGAAUAAGAAAGACAUGGUCAAGGCCUUGAAUGAGACAUCUCCUUGGGAGAAAUCCCCUUCACACAUCACCAAGAGCCGAUUCAAAGAAAUGGACUGGGACAAAAAUGGGAAGGUCAGUUUCAGAGAGUUUCUCUUUGCUUUCAUCAAUUGGGUUGGAAUUGACAUGGAUGAGGAUAUGCCUCUGACAGGAACUUAAAGAAAUAGACGGCUGUGUAGAAAUUAACAUGAUGUGAAGACUUGAUGAGGUCAGGUUGAUCAAUAUGUGUAUAUAUCUAAGCAUUUCAGAUAUGUAAAAACUUGAGUGCAAAAAAAGAUGUAAAAAAUAGAUGUUUUCUCUAGUUUGUCUAUUUAUGGCUUCUUUUGAAAUCUUAGAAGUCGGAGACUCGGAGCCAUGUUAUGUAUCACAAAAUAAUUUCUUGA